AUGGAUUUAUCAAAAUAUGUAACUCAAGUCCAAAAAGGAGAAGAUGAGCAAGUUAACCAAGAGGAUGUGCAAGAUACUCACAUUCGUGGUAAACAUACUCUCGAUCCAAAAGUUGUUCAAAAACUCGAAAUGGAAAUUUUAAAGUCGAUGGCAAGUGGCAAAAACCUCGAUACUCCUUUUGGAGGCGCUUUACCAGAUGCAUCUAUUACUACUGCGACUACUUCAAUCGUUGCAACUUCAAUUUUCAACAGUUCAACUGCCUUUACAAUGGAAUCGCUUACAGAACAAACACUUUCUUCUUUAGCUCCUCCAGAUACUAUUAUGGAACAAGAUGGAACUCAAGAGCAACAGCAAGAAGCUGCGUCGAGAUCCUGUUGUGGUGCACCAGUUGCAAGGCCUGAUCAGAAUAAGCAAGCUGUCGCGCCGGAUGGCUCACUACUACCAGCACAAUCAUCCGAGGAUCGCGGAAAAAUAUGUUUAGUUCUCGAUUUGGAUGAAACUUUAGUACAUAGUUCAUUCUUAGCUAUUCCUCAUGCAGAUUAUAGAUUUAACAUCGGUGUAGAACAGAAUCCGGUUGGUGUUUUCGUAUGUGUACGUCCAGGAGCCGAAAAAUUCUUGAGAGAAUUAGGAUCUCUUUACGAAAUUAUAAUUUUUACUGCUUCUUGCCAGGUUUAUGCAGAUCCUGUUAUCGAUUUCAUCGAUAAGGGCAGAGUUGUUAAAUAUAGACUUUAUCGUGAAGCUUGUACAGACUUCAAUGGCAGCUUUGUUAAAGAUUUGAGCCGCUUGAACAGACCAUUAGAGAAAAUUAUUAUUAUCGAUAACUCUAGCGUUGCUUAUUUGCUACAGCCAUAUAAUGCAAUUCCAAUUGGGUCAUGGUUUGAUGAUCCGACAGAUAAUGAGCUUUUUAUUAUACUAGAAAAACUCAAGCACCAUCAUCGUGCAAAGAAUAUUAACUCUAUUCUUUAUCCUGAAUAA